AUGUCGGAGUUUCUGGAUCCCACUGAUUCGCCGUCAGUCAAUACAAUCGAUUUGGAAACAGUCGUUGGAUCUACUUACUAUUCCGGUGACGAUUCCACCAGACGAACACUUAGUCGGAGAAACGGCGAGUUCGAAGGCGUUAAAAUGGGAAACACUUCCUCAAUGCUGACUCAAUACGACAUUGAAGAAGUUCAAGGCCAUUGCCAAGAUCUAUUUGAGCAGCAAGAAAUUCUGUCUCUGUAUCAAAGGUUUUGCCAGUUAGAUCGGAAUUCAAAGGGAUUCAUAUCUUCUGAUGAGUUUCUCUCUGUGCCUGAGUUCGCCAUGAAUCCACUCUCUCAGAGGCUGCUUAGGAUGGUUGAUGGUUUGAACUUUAAGGAAUUUGUGGCCUUCUUGUCUGCAUUCAGUGCAAAGGCAAGUCUAAGACAAAAGGUUAAACUGAUUUUUAAAGUCUAUGAUUCGAAUUGCAAUGGGAAAGUCUCUUCUAAAGAUAUCAUGGAAGUGUUGCGUGACUUAUCAGGAUCAUUCAUGUCUGAUGAGCAAAGAGAGCAAGUACUGAGCCAGGUUAUGACUGAGGCAGGAUACACGAGUGACUCUUUCUUAACUCUGGAGGAUUUCAUUAAGGUCUUUGGGAGUUGUAAACCGGAGAUGGACGUUGAAAUUCCUGUGGAUUAG